UCCAUGGAGAAUGACUCAGAAGUUAAUGAGUUCAUUUUUCUGGGACUAACAGAUGCCCCAGAGCUUCAGAUCCCUCUCUUUUUAAUAUUUACCCUUAUCUACAUCAUUACACUGGUGGGGAACCUGGGGAUGGUAGCGCUGAUCUUCUGGGACUCCCAUCUCCACACUCCCAUGUACUUUUUCCUCUGCAACCUCUCUUUGGUGGAUUUUGGUUACUCCUCAGCUGUUACUCCCAAAGUAAUGGUGGGGCUCCUCACAGGAGACAAGGUCAUCACCUACAAUGGAUGUGCCACACAAUUGUUCUUCUUUGCAACAUUUACCACCGUGGAAAGUUUUUUCCUGGCAUCCAUGGCCUAUGAUCGUCAUGUGGCUGUGUGCAAGCCUCUAUAUUAUACCAUGACAAUGACAUCAGGUGUGUGUAUACGUCUAGCUGUUGGUUCCUACAUAUGUGGAUUUCUGACCUCCUCUGUGAGUGUAGGUGAUACCUUUAGCCUCUCCUUCUGUAGUUCCAAUAUAAUCCAUCAUUUUUUUUGUGAUAUUCCUCCUCUCCUAGCUCUCUCCUGCUCUGAUAUCCACAUUAAUGAAUGGGUGCUCUUUAUAUUAGGGGGAUUCAAUAUCUCUUUUGCCCUCAUGGUCAUCUUUACCUCGUACCUGUUUGUCCUCAUUGCCAUUCUGAGAAUCCGUUCUGUUGAGGGCCGGAAGAAAGCCUUCUCUACCUGUGCUUCCCACCUCACAGCAGUGUCUAUAUUCUAUGGGACCAUCAUCUUCAUGUACUUACAACCCAGUUCUAGUCAUUCCAUGGACACAGACAAAAUGGCAUCUGUGUUCUAUACCAUGGUCAUUCCCAUGUUGAACCCUCUAGUCUACACUUUGAGAAACAAGGAAGUCAAAAAUGCUUUCCAGAAAAGCAUCAGCUCCUCCUUCCUAGGCAUCACAUCUCUUCUUUUCCCUACUGGUCACCAUGUAUCUCAAUCCAGCUGA